AAAAGCUUCAUCCUGUACCCACAGCCUGUGGGCAAUGAUUUGGAUGAGGAGAUGCAUCUGCGUAUGGAGAAGCAUGCGAAGCACCUGGAAUGGGAGGGGAUUUGUCUGGAGCGGGAGGUGGAGCAGCUGAUCMUGARGCAGAGUGGUGCAUCUUGGGGAGACCUGCUCUGGUCUGCAUUGCAGGACAGGCAGAUCUGGGCUGUUGCUUGGCUCCUGGUCCUUCUCUUGGUCCUAUGGUUUAUUUGGAGGAAAAGGAGGCUGAGGAGAGUGGAGCAUGAAGAACAAAACGAUGGUGCAAAUGAAGAGGAAGUCAGAAAUAGGGAUGCAAAUGAAGAGGUUGGAAAUGAAGAGCAAGACAAUGAUGCAAAUGUGGAGGAAGACCAGAAUCGUGAUGGCAAUGUACAGGAAGUUGGCAAUGUACAGGAAGCUGGCAAUGUACAGGAAGCUGGCAAUGUACAGGAAGUCAACAAUGUUGCAGCAAAUGAAGAAAACAAUGUUGGAAAUGAAGUCGUCAAUGAGGCUGCAAAUGCAGAAAACAAUAAUAAUGCAAAUGAAGUCGAACUAGCAAACCAUGAUGUUGAUGAUAACAUUGGAAGGAAUCUAAUGGAGCGCAUAGAAUGGCCUGUACAGGACCUUCAGAGAGGCUCUGAGUGGAUAACUGACCUGAUGGACAAUUUCACAAUUUUCUUUGGACACGUCUUGACGGGUAGYUUCUAUCCYGUGCUGCACCGAGCCAUUGGUGUGGGCAGUGCCUUUGAAGGUUGGAGUCCCCGUGAGGAGGAUGUUGUGUACCGUGUUCUCGUACCCCUGACUCCUCCYCGCGGGCACACCUUCACCCUGGAGCUGGCCACUGCAAGGCAGAUGCCCAACAGGAUCUUCUGUGUCCAUGUGGGACUGCAGUGCACCUGCCCGAGGGAGCCACAGCAACGKGGGAACAUGCUGUGCUUCCUYCACCACCCUGAGGAGGAGCUGAGGAGGAAGCAGGAUCCCAGYCUCCUUCAMACCCUGUGCACCGGCUCCUACCUCGAUGUCCAGAAAACARCCCGCUGGUUCUACCAGCUGGUGAGAGCAAUCUGGCCAGCUCUGCCUCAAUCACACAAUUGGCAUUUAUUGCUGCUGCCYUCCACACGUUCCUGCAAAUUCAAAGUGACCAACAGCACAGAAAGCUUCCAGAUUGAGAUGCUGUUUGGGGUACAGAGAGGUGACUCAGAUGUCUUUGUAAGCAGUGAGUCAAGAGAACCCCUCACUCUAAGAACAGCCUGGCCUGAGACUUUUGCUGUGGCAGAGAUUAAGUUCUUCAGGUACAUUGACAGUCAGGCCCCCCCUGACAGUUUGCACCUCAAAUGCCUGCAGUUCUUCACCCGCCUUCAGCUGGGUCUAUGCUUUUCUACCUAUACCAUGAAGACCAUUGUCAUGCACCUCCUGAACACUUUACCGGUGUCACAGUGGCGCAGGAGAGAUUUCGUGAGGCGACUSCUGGAUAUCAGAGAGUGCCUGCGCUUAUGCGUGGCACACAAACGCCUCAAUCAUUUUAUUGUGGGUAACCCGAGGCUUCCASAGGAGAUCCGUUUGCCCCCAGAUAUCAGAAUGGCUGCGACACACAACCUCUUCCAUCACCAGGUGACGGAUCCAAGUGCCCGCUCCCAGGCGAUAAGUGAAUACCAUGUUCUGCAGCAGCGGUUUACAAGAAUCCUUAACCCAGACCUUUGA